GGGAGCACGCCACGUGAAAGUAGGAAGGGGAGGCUAUAGCCGGACCGACGUCGCUUCGUGCGCCUCAGUCGUUCGUGGACCUCGAAGGACGAUAGAGGUCGAAGAGGGCACUUCCUCCUCUCCUGGCCUCGCGGAAUCUUUCGGCACGCUCUUCCUCGAGCCUCCUCUCGGUCCCCUUGUUCUUCUUCUUCUUCCUCCUCCUCCUCUUCUUCUUCUUCUUCUUCCUCUACCUACGUUCUGCUCCCGCAAGACCUCAGUGACGAGGGUCCCAGCAAUAGGAUAAUCAUCCGCCCGAGCGGUUCCAGGAGGAAUUCGUCGUCCGUGCGAAGAUAUCGUUUUGUGAAGUCACAUCGGCAACCUCGUGAUAGUAUCGGAAGAAUGCGUCGUCAGCUUUCGCUCGUCCUCGGGGUCGUCCUGUUGGGCUGUCUUCAAGAUUACGCGUCCGGCGCGUGUCCCAGGAUAUGCCCGCCGAAUGGCGAGCCCGUCUGCGGCAGCGACGGUGUCAUAUACGCGUCGCAGUGUGAAAUGCGGAAGAAGAUGUGCGGAAAGGGCGUUACCGUGGCCACGGAGAAGACGGCUUGCCUGAGGUCAUCCGGUAGCAAGUGCGAGCAUCGCUGCCCGGGCGAUCAAGAUCCGGUAUGUGGCACCGAUGGGCGUACCUACCUGAACAAGUGCAUGCUCAGGGUGGAGAUCUGCCGGGUCGGAAUCGAGCUGUCUCAUCUCGGGCCCUGCAACAAUAUUUCGGCCCACAGGGAGAACUGUCCGGUCUCGUGCGAUUACGCGCCGCUCGACGGACCGGUUUGCGGAAGCGACGGUAACGUCUACAAGUCCACGUGUCAGAUGAAGCUGCUCACUUGCGGCCAAGGCGUCGUGCGUACGAAUAAGAAGCACUGCCAGACCACAAGACACUGUCGUGAAUCGUGUUGGCGUGGUGCUAAGCCUGCCUGCGGUAGCGACGGCAUUUUGUACUCGAACACCUGCAAAAUGCGGGCGAAGAAUUGCGGCAAGCACGUCUUCGAAGUGCCAAUGUCGUUCUGCGUAUCUCGAGAACGGACAUCCGGAAGCAACGCGUGCCCCUUGGAGUGCAAAAACGAGCCCGAGGUAUCGGUUUGCGGAUCGGACGGAAAUGUAUACAGGAACGAGUGCGAGAUGCAAAUGCUAAACUGCGGGCAUGCGAGAAGAAAGGUAACGGUAGUAGACUUUGAGAAGUGUCGGUCCCGGCUAACGAAAUGCAUGAAGCAACAGCAGAGGUGCGGAAGCGAAGUGGAUCCGGUUUGCGGUAGCGACGCGAAUACCUAUCCAAAUCAGUGCCAUUUGAAUGUAGCGGUUUGCUUAAAGGGCAUCCAAUCGGCUCAUGUUGGCGAGUGCACGACCUUGAAAGAGAUCGAACACUGCCCCGAAGACUGCGCCGAAGUACCCGAGGAACCAGUUUGUGGAAGCGACGGCAACGUUUAUCGGUCCCUCUGCCAUCUGCAACGCGAGACUUGCGGCCAGAGGGUGGUUCAAGUUCCGGCGCAACACUGUCGCACCACCGCGCUUUGCAACCAGAUUUGCAGCGGGGAACGUCAGUUUGUUUGCGGCUCCGAUAACAAGCUUUAUCGUAACGAAUGUGAGAUGAAGAGGGACAAUUGCGGGAAGCACGUAUACGUGGUACCCAUGAAGAGGUGUGUCCAGGGUUUCCUGUUUCGCGGCUGCCAGAAGAUCUGUCCGCCUUAUUACGACCCGGUUUGCGGCACCGACGGCAUGACGUACAGCAACGAGUGCUUCCUGGAGAUCGAGAACUGCCGUAGCAGGAGUCUCGUCACGAAAAAGUACCACGGAGUGUGCGGACAGCCGACGGAGGAGCCGAAAAAUUAUCUCUAUUAAGCACGGCCGAGCCGGCACCGGUGAUACGAGAAGCAGAGAGAGAGAGAGAGAGAGAGAGAGAGAGAGUGCGUGCGUGCGUGAGAGGGAAAAGAAGUAAAUCGACGAGAUGAUUUGGCUCGUAUCUCCCAGAGAGGAUUUCAGAAGCGACAAUGAUACCGUACAUUGAUUCGUCGUGUGUCACGAGUCCUGUAGUGUUUUAAGUUCGCUCGGCUCGCAUUAACCAGCUGCAGAUUCGCUGCAGAGUAGUACACGGGUUGUACGAGCGUGACACGUUCGCAGCUCUAGACGGACGAGCGCGAUAGCGCGUGAUAGAGAAUCGUUCACGUGGAUUUCGGAUGCUCGAUCGCCUCCCCCCCCCCUCCUCUGCCCCUCGACGAUCCUCUUGACUUUCUACAGGGAGGAGGAGGAAACGAGCAUCUUGCCAGUUGCAGUCCGGAUUGUUAUCGUAUAUUGUUACUGCUAUUUCUACGAUAAUAGUACCGCGAUUGCCGAUCCCUUCUCGGACAGCCGCGCGUGUCCGCGAAUUCUCCGCCUUCCGCGCGCAGCGAAAUUACGAUUCGCAAAGAAGAAGAAAAAACUACCGCUUUUUGCGCGCAUGGCGGGUGACAAACGAUAUCGUCCAGAUUAUUUUAAGGAACUGCCUUUCAUUCCUUUUGUUUUUCUUUUUUUUUUCUUUUAUAAUCGGGAAAGGGUCGCCAGUCGCGCAUCGAUAUUAGUCCUUUCUUCGCACUUGACGGUAUAGACUAAUUAUUAUUUAUUUUAUAGCCUUAAUAUCAUUGCAUAUACGACGCGAUUCCAUCUUUCUCUUUUCGCGGCACGCCCGUCGCUCCAAUCGAUGGCUAUUGACGCGGCGUCGUCGGAGUAUUCUUAUUUUAGGGGAACAUAUUGUGCUAUUACAUCUCCCUCCCGACAUGUGUGAUGUGUGUUCGUUUAUUAUUAAUAUAAUUACUACCACUGCAAUCUUAAUUUAUUAUCGAGUAUGCGAGGAUCCUUCCUUUGUAUCGACACUAACACUGUAUACGCUUCCAAUGUCAAUAAUAAAUCAUAUAUGUAUAUUUUAAGAUAUAAAAGCUGCACAAAUUAUGCGCGUAAUACUUGAUAAUCAUAUCGGAAAUGACACUGCGCUGCUUAUCGAUCGCUAAUCUCUACGAAGAUCCAGGCAUCUAACAUUCGGACCGUAAUUGCGACACUAUUAAUAGUGUACAUGUAUCAAGGAUUAAUACAUAUACCGAUAUAA